AUGGAAGACCCAGUAUUGAAACCACAAGUUGAGGUAGUAAUUGAUGCUUCCAUUAAUGUCACUAGCCAAGAGUCUCAUGCCCACCCAAUUCCCAUUUCCAAUCCAUCACAAUCAUACAUCUUAACCAGGCUCCAUGCAGGCUACUUCAGAAUAAGCAUCUCUCUUGGUGCCCAAGCUGUACUAUGGAAAAUUCUAAGUAAGCCAACAGAUGAGUCACAAGCUUUCCAACAAGUAUUCCACAUGAUUUCUUCAACAGCUUUUCAUUUACUAUGGUGUCUUGCACUUUUGGUGCUAAUUACACUCUCUGUGCUAUAUAUUCUAAGGUGUUACUUUCAUUUUCACUUGGUCAAGGCAGAAUUCUUACACCAUAUAGGAGUGAACUUCUUGUACGCCCCUUGGAUUUCAUGGCUUCUCGUGCUUCAAUCAGCCCCAUUAAUAAGGCCAAAGAGUCACACUUAUCUAGUUCUUUGGUUGGUUUUUGCAAUUCCAAUAUUGGUGCUUGACAUCAAAAUAUAUGGGCAAUGGUUCACCACUGAAAAGAGGUUUCUAUCAAUGAUGGCAAAUCCAACAAGUCAGAUAUCAGUGCUAGGGAACUUGGUAGGUGCUCAAGGAGCAGCACAGAUGGGGUGGAAAGAGAGUGCGAUUUUCAUGUUCUCACUAGGCAUGGCACAUUAUUUAGUACUCUUCGUUACCCUCUAUCAGCGCCUACCUGGUGGCAAUCAUUUUCCAGUAAUGCUGAGGCCAGCUUUCUUCUUGUUCAUUGUUGCACCAAGCAUGGCAAGUUUAGCUUGGAGCUCCAUUUUAGGAGCUUUUGAUACUUCAUCAAAGAUGCUCUUCUUCCUCUCUCUAUUCCUUUUCAUGUCUCUGGCUUGUAGGCCAACCCUUUUCAAGAAAUCUAUGAAGAGGUUCCAUGUUGCAUGGUGGGCUUUCUCCUUCCCGCCUACCUUUCUUGCUCUAGCCUCUGUGGAAUACGCAAAAGAGGUGAAAGGUCAUAUAGCACCUGCGAUGACGCUUGUGCUAUUGAUUCUGUGUGUUCCAGUCUUUAUGGGUUUGAUGCUACUUACUGCACUCAACAGCAACAGGCUUUUGCGUGAAUAUGAUCCUAUUUUGAGUUCUCUUAAUGAACUAAGGAAGACUGCAACUAAGCCAGAGAUUGCAGUUGACAAGUGAGACAAGGA